AUGAAGAACAUUGAUCCGAAUGUGGUUUUUGUAAAGAAGGAAAAAUGGGAUUACGAACAGUUGGAACCAAUUCCCUGUAAACAAAUUGAAGUACCCAAUUAUGUGACUAUUUCAACUGUUGCUUAGGCCGCACUCAAAUUGCCUACUGUUUACAUUCACACCAAUAUAGUGUACCCUGAUGAAAACGAGUACUCUUGCGAUGAAGAAGAUUUGGAAGCUGGCAUUGACCCCAAAGUAAUGCAGCAAUUGGAUCUUAGGCGUCAUCUGAAUACUAAUCGUAAUUAUUCUAAACAAUAUUCGUUACUCAAUACAUUGGAAUAUGAUGAAACCUAUUAUAAUAAAAAAGUUGAAAGACUAUAGAGGCCACUUUUGAGAGUCUUCAUGCGUGCUCAAGAGAAUGAUUAUCGAAUGAAUGUGGCUUUUAGACCUAGCAAGGCCUAUAAGUAAAAACGAUAGAAGCACAUGGAUAUACAAAGUAUUGAUGUUGCAAGGGAAAUCCUAUUGAAUGAGAACUUGAUUGCACUUAAUUUGCUGAGACAAGUAAAAUAGAGAGAGUUGCUGAAAUUGCAGUUAAUCAAAGAAGAGGAGUUUAACUUUGUAAAUACAUUCAAUAAUUGCAAUGAUUUAUUUGGCAACUUAAAGGAGCUGAAGUGUUUUUACAAAUCAGAAGACCUAUUGGAAUAAUAGAGAGACAACAGAAACAAGUGUUCCUAUCAGUUUUGUCCGAUGUCCUUAUCACCAGAUCUCAUUGACUUUAUGGAUGAACAAUAUCAACUAACAAAGGAUAAGGGCGUGAUUUGGCCUAAGAAUCCAACGAUGCUAUCGAGUUGGGAUGUCGAUACAUACACCAAGUUGGGUGUUCAUCAACUGAACAAAUCACUCAUUUACACAACCAACAAUAGAACCUUAAUGAUUGCUGAUAGAACGAAGAAGAAUAAAAAAAAGGUUAAACUGAUGCUAGUUGAUCGGAAUAGAGCCUCGAUCUUUGAUGGAGUUAGAGCAAACUUUGAUCACUUUUAUGCUCAUUAUCAAAAGAUCAAUCAAAAACAGGAAUCCUUAAUUGAUUAACAAAGGAAGGAAUGUUAGAAGAUUAGAUUUGAGAAAUAGAAGAAGGAACAUCAACUCAAAGUAUUAUAGAAGAAAGAAGAAUUAAGACAAUCUCUGAGGUUCAAGAUGAGAAUACUUUAGGAUUUGGAUCAUCCUAUCUGCACUAUUAGAAUCAAACAUUCUGAUGAAUUAAAGUUUUAAUUAGUUAAAGACAUUCACUACAACUCUUAAGUUAUAUUGGUGUGA